GACAUUGUCAUUGUCAUUAUUAAUGUGACAUUUUCAAAAUGGCCGAAUUAUCAACUGCUGCACAAUGCGGCUACAUCCAACGUGAUAGUUGUCCAAAAUUUGCUGGCUAAAGGUCUGGAGGUGGAUUUUGAUAAAGAAGGAAUGACUCCACUUCAUUGGGCAGCGUUAAGCGGCUGCUUGGCUGUCGUUAAGUGCCUUGUAGAACAUGUAGCUAAUAUCAACGCCGUAUCCAGUGCUUAUUGUUUUCGUGGGUUCACAGUGCUUCAUUUUGCAGCGAGUCAAUCUAAUUCUGAAGGAGCUGAUGCCAAAAGUUUAGAUGAAAAUCACCGCAGUAUUUUACAUUCAGCUUUAUUAUGCGAUCCGUUAUUAAUUACCGGGAAAAAUCUCAUAAAAUAUGGAGCAAAUGUCAAUGAAUUAAAUAAGUCAGAAGAUUCUUCGCUGCAUCUGGCAAUUGAUCACUGGAGCCUUAACACAUUAGGUAUCCUUGAAUUGUUAUUAAUUAAAAAUGGUGCUAAUAUGUCGCUUAAGCCUUUAAAAAAAGCGCCAUUUUCUUAUAAAAUGGUUGCUGAUAUGACUCGGCUGUUCACUAGUGCAGGAAGUCUCCGAGAGUGUCCGACAGAUUGCGAAAGCCUUCACAAACAACAUCGAGCAUCGACCCUACCAGAAACUUUGUGUGCUGAUUUAUCACUGAAGGCGUUAACACACACGCAACAACGGACAACCCCACAGGACCGGGGGGUGCUUCUCGUGGACGAUAAUCGCUCCCUAUCCACUGGGCGACGCUGGAUCCCUCCUUCAACUGUUAGACGCGAUGCUUUCACCCCAGAAAACAGAAAUGAUUUCAUCUUCCGCAAGGUACGGGGUAUCCUUAACAAGCUCACACCUGAAAAGUUCGGAAAGCUGAGCAACGAUCUGCUCAAAAUUGAACUCAAUUCUGAUGUUAUUCUCAAAGGUGUUAUUAUACUGCUGUGCAAGCGUUUAUCCGACGAAGCGCCAAAUUUCGAGUCACCAAAGCCGACAGUCGACGGUCAGACGCCCCAGAGUACCUUCCGCCUGUUGCUGCUCAAUAAGUGCAAAGUCGAGUUUGAGAACAGAUCAAAGGCAAACGAUUACUUCGAGAACCAAGAUGAGCUCAUGCCGGAGGAGGAAGAGCGCCGGCAGAUGGCCAAACGGAAGAUGCUGGGCAACAUCAAAUUCAUCGGAGAGCUCGGUAAAUUGGAGAUCGUCAGUGAGUCAAUUCUCCACCUUUGUAUCAUGCAGCUGCUCUCUGAAAAACGUCGCCGUGGACCCCGGGGGGACACUGCGGAGGACAUUGAGUGUCUUUGCCAGAUCAUGCGAACCUGCGGUAGGAUCCUCGACUCAAACAAGGGCCAGGGUCUCAUGCAGCAGUACUUUAAACGUAUGAUGUCACUUGCUGAAAACAGUGACCUGCCACUGAGAAUACGUUUCAUGUUGCGCGACGUUAUCGAGUUACGUCGCGACGGCUGGGUUCCGAGGAAGGCGACAUCUACCGAGGGCCCAAUGCCUAUUAAUCAAAUUAGGAACGACGCUGAUGAGAGUCUACUGGGUAUGGCUCAGCAGAACUCCAUGCAAAGGAACCUUCAGAGUCAAUACAAUAAUCAUCAUCAUCGGAACAAUCGCGACGACUCUAGAAUUGGCAAUGAUUUUCUUAGAAAAAUCGGACGCCCCGGCAUCGACAUGGACAUCAUUGGCGUCGGAAAUAUACCUCUAGCGCCAUCUUUCGGAAUUUCUAGCUCCUUUAAUGCCAACGGGUUCCCCAAUGUUCCGCAGAACCCACAGGCUGCUGGCAAUGUCGGCUACAGGAGGAACCAGAACUACUUUCCUAAUGCUCGGCAGAGCUAUCCUAAUAAGGUUCCACAUCCUAAUGCUAAUUUCAACAACAAUGCUAAUAAGGAGCAGAGUUUGAGAUUCAACAAAAACAAAAUGUUAAUCGGACACCCAGAAGAAGUGUCCCUGCGCCCUAGCACAACUUCAAUGAUUUUCAAACAAACAACAAUGAAGCCAUCAUUACCAAUCACAAACGAGUUGUUCCCAGCGCGCACAGAGGCGCCACUGUUGCGCGCAACGACCUUGAAGACGCCGCCACUGCUGCACAAGGACACAGCGCCGAUCGUGAUCAAGCAGGGUCCUCUGGACAAGCGAGACAAGGCCCGGGACCGAAAGGACAAGGGUCCAACGAAGGAAGAGAUAGUCAAGAAAGUCACAGCGAUGAUGGACGAUUUAAAAAUCGACGACAUAAACCUCGGAGACGCGAUGGCCCAGUUUAAAGAUUUAAAAAUCCCGGAGCGGUUCCUGAGGAACGCUAUUGCGGCGAUCUAUACCAACACCCUGGAGCGUGGAGACUCAGAGCGUGAGUUCGCGGUUAAAUUCGUCCUGGAGCUCAAGAAGGAGGGAGUGAUCCAGGGCGUGCACGCGAUGGACGGCUGGAAGGAGCUGGUAGCUGGAAUUGCUGACAAGGAGAGCACCGUUCCUUGUGUGGCCUCCCACGUGGCCAGCAUCACCGGCAAGGCGAUUGUUAACAACCUGAUGCAGCUCCACGACCUCGCUGUUGUCACUGAAAAUGGCGCUCACCACCCGCUGUUUCUUCUGACCCUCCAGCAGCUCCACAAGACCCAGGGCAAGGCUGUUCUCACCCAGAUCUUCAACGACAGCAAGGUCAACCUCAUCAGCCAGCUGCCGGAGGCUGAGAAGACCAAGGAGAGGCUCGGGGAAAUUCUUGAGGACCGCGAGCUCACUUUUCUUUAUCCUCUGCUCAGGAUCCAGGGUGAUUUGAGUCGACAGCUUGAGAGCGAUCCCAGUCCCAAUGCCUUCUACAAGUGGAUCAAGGACAAACUUCAUCCCGCUCAUCAUGCCGAUCCUGGGUUUAUUAAUGCGCUCAUGACGGUCCUCUUGCAGUAUAUUACCAAGGAAACUACAUUAUCUCCAGGGACAGACACAACAGUAGUGCCAGAAAAAUCUCUGCAGGAAAAGGAGCGUGGAUUACUGCAGAAAUACACCCGCGUUCUCGAAUCAUUUUUGGUGACUAUCGAUGCCCAGGUUACUGCCGUACACUCAUUGCAGGUCUUUUGCCUGUCUCAUAAUUUCCCCAAGGGCAUGCUCCUAAGAUGGUUCGUAGCGCUUUACGAAUUGUCUAUUAUUGAUGAAGAGGCUUUUAUUAAAUGGAAGGAAGAUGUUACUGACGCUUAUCCUGGUAAAGGACGUGCAUUAUUCCAAGUAUGUAUAUUUUUUUUUAUUUUUUUUAAUAAUUGAUACAUCAAAUUAAUAAUUAAAAUUUAUCAAAUAA